AUGGUCUUUGAAAUCAAGCUUACUGGUACUGUUGUCUGCAGCGGUGGUAACCGCGGCAUUGGUCUUGGCAUCUCCAAGGCUGCCGCCCAGGCUGGCGCCAACGUCGCCAUCCUGUACCACUCGCACCCCGACGCCGAGAAAAACGCCGCCGAGGUGGCGAAGGAGUUCGGCGUGAAGGUCAAGGCCUACAAGUGCGACGUCAGCGAUGCUGACCUCGUCAAGAAGACCAUCAAGCAGGCCGAGCAGGACCUUGGUCCCAUCACCGGUCUCGCCGCCAACGCUGGUGUCUCGGUCGUGAAGCCCGCCGUGGAGCUCACCGCGGAGGACUUCAACAAGGUGUUCAACGUGAACGUCCUCGGUGUGUUCAACACUGCCAAGGCCGUUGCGCAGCACUGGAUCGAGACCGGCUUCAAGAAGGGCUCGAUCGUGGUCACCUCGUCCAUGAGCUCGGACAUCUACAACCAGAAGGGUCUCAACGACCCUCUUACCCAGGUGUUCUACAACUCGUCGAAGGGUGCCGUGACCAACAUGGUCAAGGGUCUCGCCGGUGAGUGGGCCCAGCACAGCAUCCGCGUCAACGCCCUCGAGCCCGGUUUCUGCAACACGGAGCAGACGAGCGUCAUGGAUGCCAAGAUCCGCGACUUCCAGGCCGCGAGCGUGCCCAUGGGCCGCUUCUCGGAGCCCGCGGAGCAGGCCGGCCCCGCCGUCUUCCUCCUCAGCGAGCACGCCAGCUACAUGACCGGCGGUCACAUCCGCCCCGACGGUGGCUUCACCAUCUGGUAA